AUGGCGGGACUUAUAACUUACGUCACCUACUUCUACUACAAAUAUUUUACCCGUGAAAAUCCUCUACCCGGACCUGUGCCGCUACCAUUUGUUGGAAAUUCCAUUUUUUAUUUUAUUGAUCUUAUUGACGCGGUCAGUAAACUACAAGCAAAAUAUGGCGAUUUCUUCGAAUUCUACAUGGGAGGUGAACGCCAUAUCUGUUUACUUAAUGAAGACUUGGUAAAGGAAAUGACGAAACCGACACUCAACGGCAACUUUUUUCGACGUGGGAACGGAAACGGUGGAACAAAGGAAUUGGGACACGAUAACUUCGGGAUUGGUCUUAAUGAAAAUUAUUAUAAAUGGAGGUAUAAUCGAAAAUUCUUCUCGAAAACCAUUCUUUCGCCACUAUUUUGCAGGCAAGCAUUGACUUGCGUGCAAGCCGGAUUUGAGGAGAUGAGCGGAUAUUGGGAUCUACUAGGAGAGGAGGCUAUCAUAAAUUUCCCCGAAUGGAUAAAAAGAUAUUUCAUGGAAACCCUCACGAUCAUUAUUAGUAAUAAGCCACUUCAUGCUUUAUCCAAUUUUCAUAAAAAGUUGUCUAAUAAGGAGAUUAGUAGAGAGUCUGCCGAAAGUGAAGAGUUGGUAGAUACUAUUCGAUUUAUAAACGAAAUACUACAUUGGUUCGUAUUCAUGCCUGCAUAUACGAGCGGAAAUCGAAGCAACACCCAAAAUCAACCACUUGUUCCAGAUAUGUUAACUAUGUUCUUAACAGUUAAUACUCCGCGUGAUAUUACCGAAAGAAUUGCCGACGAUCAAAAUGAUAAACCGAUGACCGACGAAGAAGUUGUCGGGAAUUAUUUUGACGUUCUGAUAGGCGGAGUUGAUAACGGAGCAAAUGCUAUGUGUUUCUUAGUUUAUUACCUAACUCAAUAUCCUAAAGUUAAACGAAGGUUACUAAAAGAGAUUGAUACGGUUGUCGGAAGAAAUUCCAAUAUUAAAAUAACCAUGAACAUUAUCAAUAAACUUGAAUACACAGAAGCUUAUAUUAAAGAAGAUCCUGUUGAAAUUGGUGGCGUAACAUUCCCGUCCAAUACAAUAUUUUUCUCUAGUUCUUUUGCUCUUCACACGCAUAAAUCACACUGGUCCAAUCCCGAAGAAUUUAAUCCUGAUCGAUUUUUAAGGUCGAGUCCAGAGAGCAAAAAUCCUUUCUACAUGUUCGGCUCAGGCGAACGAAAGUGUCCCGGAAGAAAUCUAGCAAUGUUAGAACUCAAGGCUUCAUUACUUAUGCUGUAUUUAAAAUAUGAUGUAGAGCUCGUGGCACCUAUUAAGUUUAGCGGAAAGGCCGUAAGGAAUUGUACAGAGUUAAAAUUAAGAAUUAAAAAACGACGAGAUUUGAGCUUGGUUGAUUGUUAG